UCUGCUUCUCAUUUGGGCGUCGACGCUCCUAUAAAUACCCCGCUAACAGCGCCUGGUGAUAUACUUUUGGAGGGCAUGGACAAGGACGGAGGGGAGCGAUCAAGCUUCGUGUUGGGGCUGAUCGAGAAUCGAGCAAAGGAGGUUGGCGUGGCAGCUUUUGACUUGAGAUCAGCCUCCUUACAUCUUUCUCAGUACAUUGAAACGAGUUGUUCAUACCAGAAUACUAAUACACUUCUUCAUUUUUAUGAUCCGAUGGUCAUAAUUGUACCACCAACCAAACUGGCAGCAGAUGGUAUGGUUGGAGUCCUAGAAUUUGUAGAUAAACAUUAUACAUCGAACAAAAAGGUCACACUGCCUCGCUGUUGUUUUGAUGAUACUAAGGGAGCUGUGCUUGUUAAAAGAUUGGCAGCGAAGGAGCCAUCUGCUCUGGGUUUAGGAAGCUACCAUAAACAAUAUUAUCUAUGCCUAGCUGCUGCAGCUGCUACCAUAAAGUGGAUUGAAGCUGAGCAAGGUGUAAUAGUUGUAAACCACUCAUUACUGGUUACUUUCAAUGGGUCCUUUGAUCACUUGAAUAUUGAUGCUACCAGUGUUCAGAAUUUGGAAAUUAUUGAUUCAUUGCAUUCUGAGUCGUGGAGCACCGGCAACAAGAAGAGAAGCCUAUUUCAGUUGCUGAAAACAACGAAAACCAUCGGCGGGACUAGACUACUUCGUGCAAACUUGUUGCAGCCUCUGAAAGAUGUUGAAACUAUAAAUGCUCGAUUAGAUUGCUUGGACGAGCUAAUGAGCAAUGAGGAACUAUUCUUCAGUUUAUCACAAGUUCUGCGAAAAUUUCCAAAAGAAACGGAUAAAGUACUCUGUCACUUCUGCUUCAAACCUAAAAAGGUUACAGAAGAAGCUUUGAGGCCUACAAUAAAAACUAGGAAGGUCCAAAUGCUGAUAUCAGAUAUCAUAGUUCUUAAAACUGCUUUGGAUGCCUUACCUUUCCUCUCUAAGGUGCUUAAAGAUGCAAAAAGUUUGCUUCUUUGCAAUAUCUACAAGACUGUUGGUGAAAAUAAAAAAUAUGGGGCAAUGAGAAAAAGGAUUGGGGAUGUCAUUGAUGAGGAUGUUAUACAUGCAAGGGCUCCUUUUAUUGCCUGCACUCAACAAUGUUUUGCUAUUAAGGCUGGAAUUGAUGGAUUUCUUGAUGUUGCAAGGCGAUCUUUCUGCGAUACUAGUGAAGCUGUGCAUAAUCUCACAAAUAAGUACCGUGACGAGUUUAAGCUACCAAAUCUGAAGAUUCCUUAUAACAAUAGACAAGGAUUUUACUUUAGUAUUCCACAAAAAGAUGUCAGCGGAAAGCUUCCUGACAGGUUUAUUCAGGUUAUGAAACAUGGAAAAAACAUACACUGCUCAAGUUUUGAACUUGCAUCUCUCAAUGCUAGAAACAAGUCUGCUGCUGCUGAAUGUUUCAUGCGUACAGAGCUCUUCUUAGAAGGCUUAAUUGAUGUCAUAAGGGAAGAUGUUAGCAUACUGACGUUACUUGCAGAGGUUUUAUGCCUUCUAGAUAUGAUUGUGAAUUCAUUUGCCCAUACAAUAUCCACCAAACCUGUUGAUCGUUAUACUAGACCAGAAUUCACUGAUAACGGUCCUGUGGCUAUUGAUGCUGGAAGGCAUCCUAUUCUUGAGAGCGUACACAAUAAUUUUGUUCCUAACAAUCUUUUCCUCUCUGAAGCAUCUAAUAUGGUGAUUGUCAUGGGACCAAAUAUGAGUGGUAAAAGCACUUAUCUUCAACAAGUUUGUCUUAUCAUCAUCCUGGCUCAAAUUGGUUGCUACAUCCCUGCUCGUUUUGCAUCACUAAGGACAGUUGAUCGCAUUUUCACACGGAUAGGGACGGGAGACAAUGUCGAGUACAACUCAAGCACAUUUAUGACAGAAAUGAAGGAGACAGCUUUUCUCAUGCAAAAUGUUUCUUCAAAGAGCUUGAUUGUCAUGGAUGAACUUGGAAGAGCUACAUCUUCCUCUGAUGGAUUUGCCAUUGCAUGGAGCUGUUGCGAGCAUCUUCUUUCUCUUAAAGCUUAUACCGUAUUUGCUACCCAUAUGGAAGGCAUCUCUGAAAUGGCAACCAUCUAUCCCAAUGUAAAGAUACUCCACUUUGACGUGGAAUUGAAGAACAAUCGCUUAGAUUUUAAGUUCCACCUUAAGGAUGGUCCACACCAUGUGCCACAUUAUGGUCUUCUUUUGGCUGGAAUUGCUGGUCUGCCAAGCUCUGUGGUUGAGACAGCAAGGGGCAUCACAGCAAAGAUAUCUGAAGAGGAUGCGAAGAGGAUGCACGUAAACUGUGAAAAAUAUCGUUCAGUUCAAAUGGCGUACCAAGUUGCCCAGAAACUAAUCUGCUUAAAAUAUUCCAACCAAAGUGAGGAUUACAUUCGACAAACCCUACAGAAUCUUCAGGAGAGCUACAAAAUGGACAAGUUAAAUUGAUCCCUUUCGUAUACAAAAGCUCUGAUCCUAUCAGUACAUUGUUACUAGGAGAAUUCUUUGUAAUGCCUUCAUAUUAGUCAUGGCAUUUGAACCUCUAUAUGCUGAAAAGGUUAGUAGCCUGCCUUGUUAUGUUCCAAGAAUUUUCCAAGAUCUGCUUUCUAUGAUCAUGUGUUAAAGACUACGAGAGUCUAAAAUCCAAUUCAAAAUGUCAAAUCUCUUAGCAUUGUAAGAAUUCUUUUUUAGAUGUAGAACUAAAGGGUUGAGCAUAUUUCUCCUCA